AUGUUUACGAUUAGGACCACUAAUUCAGGCGCACAUCUCCGGUUCCAGAAUGUUGAACAGUUGAACAUCAUGGUCUUGAAUGCAUAUGUUCAAUGGUUAUGUGAGGGUCAAACCCACCCUCUAAAAGAUGAGACCCACCAUCGCUAUCUAGUUUCUCUUUUUCUAUCCAUAUUUUCCACCCUGUUUUUUGGAGACUUCCUUGAGAUGGAUUUUAUUAGUUGCCAAGAUGGCCUCCGGCUGAAACGGUUCAGUUCGCCAAACUUGUUGCUAUCGAGUCUCGAGCUAUGUAAUGCAUACCUUACUGUCUUGAGCAGAGGAGAAAGCCUCACAUAUUACCUGGGAGAGCAGCAGUCCAGCAUUUUCCUGGAAGAAAGGUUCCGCACUCUCUUCUGCACCAAUCCUCCCCUCUUGAGCCCUUGGUAUAACCAACGAACCAAUAUUCUUGCGUGGAUCGGCCUCCUACGUCAUCUAGACCCGAAGCAGCUUCAGAUCGAUACCGAUGGCAUAUGUCGCUGCCGUAUCCAAGAACAUACAAUUGAGGUAUCGGAAUCUGCGUACCAUAUGCUGAAGAGCGGCAUUCUUCAAGAGUUUAUCCAGCGAUGGCCAUUGUGGGGGGAUCCCCAGAAAGAGAUAGAAAUUACCGAGCAAUCGAUUGCGGAAGCAUCCAAGUGGCAUGGCUUUGCUUUACAAGAUGCUGUCAACAAUCUACCAGCUUUCGCACUACCAUUCUGA